GUAACUAACUACGUACCUUCCCCCUCCUUUUUCUCUCUUUCAUGCUUCCUCCUGGAGCUAAGUCCCAAUUCCUUCUCCUUUCCUCACGUUGCUGCAGACUUACCAUUUUACGAAUGCACCAAAAAUGGAACCCAAACGAACCAUGACGAUGAACUGGGAUGGCCUCGGCGACGACGGUGACGAAGAUGCCGACCGCUUCCUUGAGUCCAAUGAUCGCAUUUCCUCCGCCGUUUCCCUCGACCUUGCCUCCUCCUCCGAUGACGAAGACUUCGACGAAACUCGUACAUCCUUCGCCUCUGCUGUCUCUUCUCUUCGCUCUGCCAAAUUUAGAAACUCGAUCAUCUCCGACUCCGCUGCUCCUGAUCUCAACUAUGAUAUCUGGAUGGCUACGCCUGGUUCCAUCAAUGAACGCCGCAAGCGCCUCCUCCAAGGAAUGGGCUUGGCCACGACCGGGAUAACAAGAAAGACUUCCUUAGCUUUAAACGUGUUAGAUCAACUGAAACAAGUCGAGCCUCUGCAUUCUCAUUCUCGUUCUCCUUCACCCUCAGAUACGCCUUCGCCUUCGCCUUCGCAUUUACCGAUCGUUCUAGUUCGGUCACGAUCCGACGGGGACAUUGAGAUGUUGUCAAUACCGAAACGGAGGAAAGAGGACCUAAUCGGUAAAACAUCGAAGCAACGGCUCACACGAACCUAUUCGAUGAUAUUAGCGCAACAUGCUCGAAUAUGUCCUACGUAUCUGGAUGCCAUCAGAAUAUCGCCAAAAGAAGCUGGACAAGUCUCCUCCAGACAACCAAUUCGGCAUAGCGGCACCCUGUCGCAGAGCUGUUUCGGGGCUUUCUUUCUAAUCAAGAACUUGGAUACGGGGAAAGAGUUCAUCGUGAGUGAAUAUGGGGAAGAUGGGAUGUGGAACAAGCUCAGUGACCUUCAGACUGGAAAGAAGUUGACAAUGGAAGAAUUCGAGAAAUGCGUCGGGUAUUCUCCGGUGGUGAAGGAGCUAAUGCGUCGAGAGAACGUGUCAUCGAGAAAUCUGAAUAGUAUCGAUGGGAAUGAAAUCGACAGAAAAGUGGGCGUGAAUUCGUAUUUCUCGAAGAGUUUGAGAAUGAGCAAGAAAGGAGGGGCUGCUCUGUUGAAGAACGUGAAGGGUUUGGCUAACUCGAUGAGUGGAGUACUAAUUGGUGAAAAGGAGAGGGAGAUUUCACAACUUCCAUCGGCGCCAGUGCUGGAGCAGAAACUGGGAAAGAAUUCUAACUCCUCAAAAUGGAUAAAAGCCCAGCAAAGUGGCAAGUCGUGCAAGGAGCUCUCCGCUCUGCAUUUGUGCCAAGAAAUUCAGGCUCAUGAGGGGUCGAUUUGGACUAUCAAGUUUAGCCACGAUGCGCGGUUUCUUGCAAGUGCAGGAGAGGACCGUGUAAUUCAUGUGUGGGAAGUGCAGGAAUGCGAGGUCAUGCCUGUGAGGCUAGGUGAGGAAAUUGGAUAUACGACCCCGCUUCAUCAUUCCUUGUCUGCUUCUGGAGAAAGACCUAAUCCAACUCUUGGUGAGGCUAUGUCAUUGCCAUCAGAGAAGAAGAAAAAGGGAAAGUCUAGCUCCAGAAAAGGGAACUCCAUACCCGACUAUGUUCACGUGCCAGAAAGCAUGUUUUCGCUUUUGGAGAAGCCUGUCUGUUCUUUCCAAGGUCAUCAGGAUGAUGUUUUGGACUUGUCCUGGUCUAAAUCUCAGCUGUUGCUUUCAUCUUCAAUGGACAAAACUGUUAGGUUAUGGGAUUUGGAAACCAAGAGCUGUCUAAAGUUGUUUGCCCACAAAGAUUAUGUAACUUGCAUACAGUUCAAUCCGAUAGAUGACACUUAUUUCAUCAGUGGCUCACUUGAUGCAAAAGUUCGAAUAUGGAGCGUACCCGAUCGACAAGUUGUGGAUUGGAUUGACUUCCAUGAAAUGGUCACUGCUGCAUCUUACACCCCUGACGGCCAGGGUGCCAUAAUUGGUUCACACAAAGGAACUAUUCGCACAUAUAGCACAGAAGGUUGCAAAUUAGAUCAAAUAAGCCAGAUUGAUAUUCAAACAAAGAAGAAAUCUCAGGCUAAGAAGAUCACUGGCUUUCAGUUUGCCCCAGGAAAUCCAUCUGAAGUGCUGGUUACUUCAGCUGAUUCCCGGAUUCGAGUUUUGGCUGCAUCAGAUGUCACUCAUAAGUUCAGAGGUUUCCGAAAUACUAGUAGCCAAAUUGCAGCCUCUUUUUGUCAGCGUGGGAAAUAUAUAAUCAGUGCAAGUGAAGAUUCCCAAGUUUAUGUUUGGAAGCAUGAAGAGCCCCGAAAUGGAUCAGGCAUGGGAAAAAACAAGAGCUUAAUCACCACCCAUUCACACGAGCAUUUCCAGUGUAAGGAUGUUUCUGUAGCAAUCCCAUGGCUUGGCACCAUAAAGGGUGAACCACAAGCCAUGCCAACACAAUCAAAAAGGCAGUCCAAACGCUACCCCACACAACCAACUUCAAUUAAUGGGUCGCCAACCAGAGAAGACAACCUUAUAGCCAACAGUAAAAGACAGUUGCCACCACUUCCCAAGAAAAGCACCAAUAACAACAAUCUAGAGAGUGCUUCAACACCCCAAGAAGAUGUCGGCCUUGCUCUAGUUUCUCAAACAGAUCAAUCUGGGAUCGGAGAGUCAUUCAAUUCGGUUUCGAGCUCAGGUAGAUAUGGUGAUUCACCCUCUAUUUUGACUGCUAGGAAUCCAUCAGCAUCAUCUUCAUCUUGGUCUUCUUCUCGGUCUUGGUUUGAUGUUGGCAAUAACCAUGUCGCCCAUACCAUCCAACCAACAGCAUGGGGCUUGGUAAUUGUCACUGCCAGUCUAGGAGGUGAAAUCAGGGCAUACCAGAACUUUGGAUUGCCGCAUAGGAUUGGCCGCCAAACCAAUCUCUUCGGAAGCCCCACAUGAGUUGAUUUCUGUUGAUGAAGAUAGAAUUAAUAUUCUUUUCUUGACAAAACUUCAGCAUACAAUAUGAAUUAUAUACCUAAGAAUAUAGUUCUUUGAUGUGGAAUUAGUUGCCCAUUUUCCAUAAAUUCAAAAUGCAGGAAUGGUACUAGUUCACAUUGUAAUUAAUGCCAAAAGUUUGUCGCACGAAUAUUUG